AUGCUCUUAAGUCGUGUAUUAUUAAUAAUAAUUAUUUUUGAAUGUGUUCAUUUUAACUGGGGCAGAAUUGUGAAUAACAAUUAUAAUAAUAAUAAUUUGGAUAAUAACAACAAUCAAGAGGAUUUAGAGCAUAAGUGUUUGAGAGAAGUCCCGACUAUAUACUUGGAAUAUGAUAAGAAAUACACAAAUAUAACAGAAGGAAGCAAAAAAUACUAUUCAAAAAUUGAAGUUUGUUGUGAUGGAUACAAGCGUUCAAAAUAUGAUUGGGAUAAAUGUGUUCCAGAUUGUGGAGAAUGUGAACAUGGAUUAUGCUUAAAUCCAGAUACAUGUGAAUGUUUUCCGAACUAUGUAAAAAAUCAUGAAGGCAAAUGCGUUAUGAAAUGUCCAGUUCAUUGUGAAAAUGGUCAUUGUAAAUUGGAUGGUACUUGCAAGUGCAAUCGCGGUUACAAGUUAGAUGAAAGUCAAACGUUCUGUAAACCAAUUUGUAAUCGAAAUAAUAACUGUGAAGCCGCUUAUAAUCAGUAUUGCAGUGCUCCAAACACAUGCUCUUGUAUAAAAGGAUAUCAAGUUAACAGACAUGGAUGUGAACCAAUAUGCGAGAGAAGCUGCGGGAUUAACGGAACUUGCGACAGACCAAAUACAUGUAGAUGUCAUAAUGGUGCCAUUUUAAAAAAUGGAAUUUGCCAAGCUGAAUGUUAUCAGAAAUGUGAAAAUGGUAUAUGUGUUACGCCAAACAGAUGCAUUUGUUUUGAAGGUUUCCGAUAUGACGUAAGGACUUCGUCUUGUAUUCCAAAAGCUGAAAACUUAAAAAAUUUUGCAAUAGAACAAAUAGAUUUAAUUUAGAAAUAAAUCAUUAAGUUAAUUUUUACUUUACCUACAUAAAGUACGUAUAGAUGCAUACAUAAAUAUGUGAGUAUAUGUA